AUGUGCCCCCCCAAAUUCUUGUUUGCAUUUUCUAUUUCCUUCUUCGUCUUCUCCGCCAUUCCAUGCUUUCCAAUCCCAAUCCUUACUUCAGCCAAUAUCACUCUCUUUGCCGAUGCUUUCUUAAAUUCCACUUCCAUUGUUCUCACCCCACCCAAAAACUGCACAUCCCCGCCGCCGCCGCCGCCGUACCUCCCCCUUCCCGCCGCCGCCGCCAGUGUCGGCCGGGUGUUCCACGCAGACCCUAUCCGCUUCCUCAACCCUUCCACCAACACCACAGCCUCCUUCUCCUCCAGCUUCUCUUUCACCAUCACCGGCGCCGACUCUUGCCCCUUCGGCGACGGAUUCGCAUUUCUCAUCACUUCCAACACCACCGCCGUCAGUUUUUCUGACGGCUACAUGGGCCUCGCCGGCGCCGGCGAUCGUGAUCGGAAUCACUCCUAUUUAGCAGUUGAAUUCGACACCAGUUUCGAUCGGAAUCUUGGCGACAUCAACGACAACCACGUCGGUAUCGAUCUGAACAAAGUCGAGUCAUUGGCUUCCGUCGACGUGGCCUCCAGAGGCGUCGAUUUGAAGAGCGGCAGAGAAUUAACGGCCUGGAUUGAGUACAGAGAUCUGGAGAAGACGAUCGCCGUCUGGAUAGGCCACACCGUCGAUAUCAAGCCGCCGCGACCUCUUCUCGCUAUGCACCUCGAUUUAUCCCAACAUUUCAAUGAGUUCAUGUACGUCGGAUUCUCCGCAUCCAACGGCCGAGGCUCGUCAAUCCACAUCGUCAGCCGGUGGCGAUUCAAGACGUUCCUCGGACUGCUCCCGUCGCCGAUUUCGAUGGACAUUGUCCGGCCGGGACAAGAACACCCCGACGAGUGCAUCGUGUGCUCCCCCGAAGACACUGACAUUGGAUUCGGCAUUUUCGCCUACCAUUCUUUCGACAAAAGAAUACCGAAUUGGGGCAUAAUUUUGAUCACCUUCACAUUACUCGUUGUCGUCGUCGCAUCCGCGACUUUCUUCGUCUGCAAGUGUCUUUCCCGGAGGAAAAGGCUGAAAUCGGCCCGCAAAAAUCGAACCUUGAAUAGCUUCCAAGGGAGUCGAAUGGUCCCGAAAAUGUUAUCCCUCGCGGAAAUAAGAUCCGCGACGAAUGGUUUCAAUCAAUGCAAGAUCAUCGGCGAAGGAGCCUCGGCCGUUGUCUACGAAGGCGCAAUCUCCGGAUGCGGAUUAGUCGCGGUUAAAAGAUUUAACCACGAAAACAAGUAUGAUCCCGCCAUUUCGCGAAUUCCGUUCAAUACAGAGUUUGCGACAAUGGUCGGAUGCUUGAAGCACAAGAACUUGGUGCAGCUGCAGGGCUGGUGCUGCGAGCGGAACGAACUCGUCCUGGUUUACGAGUACAUGCCGAACGGUAGCCUCGACAAAAUUCUUCACCACCGGACGAAUAUCUCAAAAUUCCUGACUUGGGAGCGCCGCCAGAACAUAAUCCGCGGCGUCGCCUCCGCGCUAAUGUACCUCCACGAGGAGUGCGAGAGCCAAAUCAUCCACCGCGACGUCAAAACGUGCAACAUUUUGCUCGACGCCGAGUACAAUGCGAAGCUCGGCGACUUCGGAUUGGCUGAAGUGUACCGGCACAGCUUGGGGACGCGGUACGCGACCGUGCCUGCCGGGACGAUGGGGUAUCUGGCGCCGGAAUAUGCUUUCUCCGGCGUGCCGACAGCGAAGACGGAUGUGUACAGCUUUGGCGUGGUGGUGCUGGAGGUGGUGACGGGGCGGCGGCCGGUGGACGAGGAGAGGGUGGUGGUGACGGACUAUGUGUGGGACUUGUGGGAGAAGGGGAUCAUCGUGGAGGCGGCGGAUCCGAGUCUGAUGGGGAGGUUCGAUAGGCCGGAGAUGGAGAGGACGGUGAUGGUGGGGCUGGCGUGCGCGCAUCCGAACUGCGAGAAGCGGCCGAGUAUGAGGGAGGCGGCGAGGAUGCUGGGCGGGGAGGCGCCGAUGCCGGUGCUGCCGUCGCGGAAGCCGACGGUGAGGAUUCAGUCGGUGCUGCCGGACGGGUGUGAGGAUAUUGUGGCUUUCGAUGAUACGCCUUGGUCUACUCCGAGAACACAUUUUAGUAAGAGCUAG